AGGCCAUGUCUCCGUGGCUGUGCGUGCUGCUGGCGCUGGGCGCGGUGCUGCUGCCGUUGCUGUACGGGCGCUGGGGCCGGUUCCGGUUCUGGUGCAAGAUGGGGUUCUACAACGGCUGGAUCCUGGUGCUGGCCCUCGCCGCCAUCCCCCUCUGCGCCCCCCGCGGCCGCGACGUCGAGAACAUGAAGAUCAUCCGGGCGCUGCUGCAGCACGUCAAGCGCCUCUAUGGGAUCCGCAUGGCCGUGAGGGGGGCCCAGCUCCUGCCCCCCCGCCAGCCCUAUGUGGUGGUGAGCAACCACCAGAGCUCCCUGGACCUCAUGGGGAUGAUGGAGGUGCUGCCCGACCGCUGCGUGCCCAUCGCCAAGCGGGAGCUGCUCUUCAUGGGCGCCGUGGGGCUCGUGUCCUGGUUGGGGGGCAUCAUCUUCAUCGACCGGCGCCGGCCCCGCGACGCCAUCAGCACCAUGGCCCAGGCCGCGCACACCAUGCUGAGCCAGGACGUGCGGGUCUGGGUCUUCCCGGAGGGGACGCGCAACCACAGCGGCUCGAUGCUGCCCUUCAAGCGCGGGGCCUUCCACUUGGCCGUGCAGGCGCAGGUCCCCGUUGUCCCCAUUGUCAUCUCCUCCUACCAGCACUUCUAUAGCAAACGGGAGCGGAGAUUCACCCCCGGCCGCUGUGUGAUCCAGGUGCUGCCCCCUCUCCCCACCGCGGGUUUGGGGCCCGACGACGUCCCCGCCCUCACCGAGCGCGUCCGCGCCGCGAUGCUCGAGGCCUUCGAGGCCCUGGAGGCCGAGCUCUGCCCCACAGCGCCCCAGUGA